AGCAGCAGCAGCCAGCAGCUUGCUUGUCGCCACCGCCGCCAGUUUCACCGUGGCUGGGUUGAGACAGUGGUGGUGGUGGUGGUGGUGGUGGAUCUACCAAACUCCUUGUUACAGUGGGAGUGGUGGUGCUGUGCCCAGGGCUGCGGAGUGUGGAGGAUAGCGAGGCAUUGCAUCCCGGCCCGUCCAACCAGUCAGCCAGAAUCUGCCAACCAAAACAAACUUACUCAAACUUAGAUAACAGUUUUUCUAUAAACUUACGUAAGAGAAGUGUUCAACACGAAGAUUCCUCAUUACCUUUGAAACGUUGAGGAAAUAAGUGUUGUGUAGACGUAUAUAUCAAGAUAUUUUCAAAGUCUUGCCAGGCGCCACCUAGCCUAGCCACCCUGAGUCUAGCUUGUUCUAGCAAGGCCCCUGCACAUGUCCUAGGUCUGUCCUUGACUGACCUAGUGUGUCAUCGUUCCUGCGGUGACAUUAUUUGCUCUUGUCUGGGCUUGUCCGACGUACCAUAGGGAGGGAGAGAGAAAGAAGACCGACACAAGCAGAGUAAUAGAACCCACCACACAACAGCCAUGGCCAACAGGGAGAUCAACAUUCGCAUCCCCAUCCCCAACUUUAACUCUUUCUGCUGCUGGACCAGCGAGAAGACAGAAUUCAUGGCGGCCAUACGAAAAAAAUUAGUUAUAGUUGGGGAUGGUGCAUGUGGUAAAACAUGCCUUCUUAUAGUAUUUUCAAAAGAUCAGUUCCCAGAGGUCUAUGUGCCAACAGUAUUUGAAAACUAUGUAGCUGACAUUGAAGUUGAUGGUAAACAGGUAGAGUUGGCCUUGUGGGAUACAGCAGGUCAAGAGGACUAUGAUAGACUGCGACCCCUCUCUUAUCCAGACACAGAUGUCAUACUUAUGUGCUUUUCCAUUGACUCUCCAGACUCCUUAGAAAACAUCCCAGAAAAAUGGACUCCAGAAGUCAAACAUUUUUGCCCAAAUGUUCCAAUUAUUCUAGUAGGAAACAAAAAGGAUCUACGAAAUGAUGCUACAACUAUUAAGGAGCUUCAGAAGAUGAAACAAGAGCCAGUAAAACCUGAGGAGGGACGUAACAUGGCAGAGAAAAUAAAUGCUUUUGCUUAUUUAGAGUGCUCAGCCAAGACAAAGGAGGGAGUCCGAGAAGUGUUUGAAACUGCUACCAAGGCCGCACUCUCAGUCAGGAUUAAGAAGAAGACUAAAUGCACCCUUUUGUAAAGAGUAUUAGUGAUGAGGUGAGAAAGGAAUGUACAACGCAGUCUGACGGAGUGCUACCUGGAAACCAAUACAGUACUCGUACUGGCUCUCCUCGCCUCUCCUUUUAUAGUGCCUCGGCUUGGUCAUUCUUCCAGGACUCUAGAUUGACCAACAGUCGUGUUCACUGUUUCUUCCACUCAGUCUUACCAUUUACACAUCAAAAAUCAGCAUGGCCUAAGCAUAUUGGCAGUAUCUUAGGAGAUGGAAAUGCCUAUGGCAUUGAGUUCAGUUUCUACUUAGUUUGAGGUAUAUAGAAAACAUACAGGAAUUGUAAGUAGUUUAAAGUUUUUUUUCACUUGUGUAUUACUAGGGAGUAGGUUGAGGAGAGGGUGUUUCCAGUCCAGACAGUUUAGGUACAUGACCAGGCUUGGUAUAUAUGGAUUGGGGAGAAAUACAAUCCCAGGUGCAUAGGUAAGAAUAACGUAUAUAUCAUGUCUGCCUAUAAGAUUGAAUGUUCAUACAACCUUGAACCUCCAUGGUGUAUACAAGACCAUCAUAUAGGUGUGCACAAUAAAUUGUUAAUGCAGAAUACUUUAAAAAAAAAAAAAAACCUGUGUGCACAAAAUUAGGGGUUUAAAGAUGGGUUGUAUGUAAAGAUGUUCAUUACUUACUGUAAUGAUAGAUAUUGCACAUGCUUGAUGUAAUAUCUAUUUAUUAUUUAAAGUAAAGCUUUGUAAAUGAAUUCGGUAUGGGGCCAGCUAAAUCUAGACUGCGUUGGACUAGCAAAAUUGAUUGUGGUGUCCAAUUUAUAAUACUUUUCAUUACUACUAUGUAAUUAUUAUUUGUUAAUAUAAGUUUUUUUCCAUUGUUCUAUUAUCUGUUUUAUUUACAGUUGUCAAAAGUGAAACUUAAUUCAUGCUUGAUAUUUACUUAAAUAGUAUUGAAGUAAAUAUAAUUUACAUUAAAAUUUUUAUGUAAAUAUUAUUUACUUAAAUAUUUUGCAGGACGACCAAUGCCAAGUGAGUUUCUUGUUCAUUUGGUAAACUAGACAGUGGCGCUACCAGUAAGUCAUGUUAAGAGCAAUGUGCUAACUAGUGCAACUCGUCUGCCAAGAAAGGAAACAACUAUACUUUUGCCACAUGUAGUUAGAUUUUCUACUUGGAAAUUAUUUUCAAUCGUACAGACUGCUUUCUCUUUAAACAUCAAGUUAAAAAUUUCAGCUAUUGACCUAAGUGACAUAAAUCACGUAAAGUCAUAAAAACUUCAGUGUUUCAUAUUCUAAGUGUGAAUUUUUUAUAAUGAUUUAUAUGUACAGUAUGUACAUACAGUUGCUUGAACCAAGUUAAUUAGGAACUUGCAGCUUGAAAGUAUGUACCAGCUCUAAAAGGAUCUUCGCUUGGUAAGGCAUUUGUAGGCCACUUGAGAAUGUUGCUUUGCCUAUUCCAUACCUUAAUUAUUCCUCAGGCUGAAUUCUUUUUAAACACCCAUACAAUUUGAGCACUUUUUCCUACUGAGAUAAGAUUUUAUUUUUUGCAAUCCUUAUAAUUAUAGUUUUCCAAAUUAAAUUACAGUACAUGGAAAGAUGGCUUGCUUCAAGUUCUCAGUGGCUUUCAGAGUUUUGACCACAUAUUGCAAAGUGUUAGCUGAAUUGCUUUUCAUGUGUAUUUGAUGCUAAAGUAUAUUAAAAAAGACUAGAUAAGUUUAUUAAUGAAUAGCUCUUACAUCAACGUACAGCCUGUAUACAUGUUCAGUUUACCCUUUUGUAAUAAAUAUGUAUCCUUUUA